ACCCUAGCUCGUCCUCUUUAUUUCCAGAGAUCUGAGAAAUCCUAGCUGUAGCCGCCUAGAUUACGCGUUUUGCCUUCUUGAAGAGGAAGAUAUUAAAAAAGCUUCUAGAUCUAUAAGUUUUACGGAUACUGAGCGAUCUUGGCUUUACUGGUUCGUAGUUUUCUUGAGGAAGUUCUUGGGAUUUCGAAAAGAAAAUAGCCGAUAAUGUCGCGGUGUUUUCCUUAUCAACGUCCGGCGGGGUAUUUAAGACAGGGAUUGGUCGAAUCGAUUAAGGUUCGUUGGGCAAAAGUAUUUGGUUUUCACUUUCGUUGCUCAACUGCAUGCGUUUGUGAUACUUGAUUAUGAUUAUAUAUUUGUAUAUUUGUAGAGUUUGUAACAACUUAAACAUGAAAUGAACCGCUUUAAUUACUGUUGUUAAUAUAGCUUUGUAAUUAUGAACAACGAGGAUCUGUGCAGAGAACUAUGGUAGUUAUUCAAAUAUAUGAAUGAACCUUUUUGGGUUUGGGGUUUUUUAAAAGAACUUCUGGGUUCCUUUUUAAAGUUUUGGACUUGAUUUUGGCUUGAUUAUGUAAAUGAAUGAAAAGCUUGGUAAUUCGUGUCUGUUUAGAGGAGUGGGAACUGGGUGUUUGUAUUCAUAGUCUGAUUGAUCUUGAUAGAACCCUAAACCAAUGUGAAAUUACCCCCUCCCCGCCAAACUUUAAUUUUUUGGAAGCAAUCGUGAUCUUUUGGUCUUCCAUUCCCGCCUGUCUAAAUUUCAUAUUGUGUUGUGCAAUAAAGCUCGAGAGAGAAAAGGUUUUGCCAAAAACAGAACAGAAAUUACAUAAGAAGAGGGAGAAGGAGAAAAAGAAGGAAAGGAAAGAGAAGGAUAAAACUCAAGGUGCCAUCAAGAAACUUAAGAAGCUUGAUGAUGUUCUAGAUGCAUAUAAAGAUGACCAAUUGGAGAGAAGUGAUCUUACUGAAGAACAUGAACCGCCAGUUUGCUAUAUAUCUGAUGGCAGCCAAAACAGUCACAAGAGGAAAAGGGAAACUGCUUCCUAUAAUGAAUGCAGGGUUGAUGGAAACAUUAUAAAGAUUAGAUUUUCCUUGAAAAAGCCCCGGGCAUCUGAUGCAUCAAUCAGCAGCGAAGAACCUGCCUGCUCUAGUUCUGGUAGGACAGAUUCAAUUCAAGAGCCAAGUUGUACUAUCGCUUCUGUGCCUGAACAGAAACUGCGGCAUGAUGAUAGAAGGAAGGAGCAAGGCUCCUCUUCUUCUGGAACAUUGCUGGAGGCUGCACUGCAGUAUAAAACCUUGAUUGAGGAUUGGAUGCCACCUCUUCUCGAAGCUGAGCUGAAUGAUGGUGGUGAUGAAGACUGGCUUCUAACUAAAAAGCAGCUAGGGAAACCCGCGGCCAAAAGACCUGAUGACAAUGAUCAUACAUGUGUUGCGAGUGCAAGUUUGCACCCGUGUGCACAUUUUCUUCCGGCAGCUGAGAUUUAUGCACUGCCUUAUACAGUUCCAUUUUGAUUCCGCUUAGUGGAGGGGCAAUCUUUUUGUUCUCCCCUGCAAAGAGCGGCUUCGUGGCGGGAUUGGGUGGCGAAUUCUAACUUGUACAGUCUUGAGAAUUUACUAAUAGAAACAAGAGAAAUUUUUGCAA